AUGUCGGUCGAAGUUGUCUUAGAUUCGCCUCUGGCACAUGCACUCAAUGCUUCCAUCCAGCCAAAACUUGUAGAAGUAGGAUGGAGUACUGGUGGAGCUGAUGACUCUGCGCUUUCCGAAUAUAUUAUCCUCAUGUUGGUGAACGGGAAAACUCAAGAGCAAAUCGCUGCGGAAUUAUCGGGCGAUCUUUUGAAUCUUGGGGAUGAUGACCCUGGUGCGAGAGAUUUUUCUCAAUGGCUGUUUGACCAGGUUGGAUCAUUAAAUUCACAAAAUGGCGGUGGAGGAUUUCCUGAUACUGGGGCAGAGACUGGGCAAGCUCAGUUUGGAGACUCAAAUGUGUCUCAGGAUGCGGAUAUGAAUGAUGCUUCAGAGGCGGGCGAUGUAAACGUACCAACUGGCCCUAAGUCAAUGCGAAAUGGAAGUGGUGGUAUCACUCGUCCACGGGAUAAACGCAUGCUGAAUCAUUUGACGAAGGCGAUGGAUCGCACGCAUGAUGCCGCGCUCCACCGAGUACGACCUCAGUCGGGAAAUGAACGAAUAAACACACAUGCGCGAGUACCCCCGACAGGGCCAAGAGGACCCGUAAAUAUUCGAGGCGCUGCCCGUAUGCAAAACGGGCGUGGGCAUGGCGGCAUGGGAGGUAUGCCCGUGCAACAUGGUGCGGCGCAAAAUGUUAUGAGCAUGUCUCCACACCAACAACUCGAACUUUAUGCUAUGCUUGAGCAGCAAUCAAGAAUGAUGGCGCAAAUGUUCACUCCACAACAACAGCAGAUGAUGUCACGAGGAGGUAAUGGUAUGGGCUCAGGAUUUCCCGGACAAGGCAGGCCUCUACAUGAACGAAUGCAACAUCCUAACCGAUCCCAAAACAAUGGAUUCCAGAAACGUCACGACCAACAACCACAAUCUCAAAAUGACAGCUCGAUGGAUGUCGAGAUGUCUUCUAUUGAUAAGGUCGAUAGUCUUCCUGCAGAUACUAUAUGCAGGUACAACUUGUCUUGCACAAACAAAGAUUGCAAGUUUGCACAUCAGUCUCCGGCAGCUCCUCCAGGAACGGCUAUUGAUGUUGCGGAUGUUUGUAGUUUCGGUGCCGCUUGCAAGAAUCGAAAAUGCGUUGGGCGACAUCCAUCCCCGGCCCAAAAGACUGCGCACCAAACCACCCAAGACUGCAUAUACUUUCCAAAUUGUAAAAAUGCCAACUGCCCCUUCCGGCAUCCAACAAUGCCGUUAUGUCGAAACGGUGCAGAUUGCACAACACCGGACUGUAAAUUUACACACGUCAAGACUAUGUGCAAGUUUAACCCUUGCUUAAAUCCGACAUGUCCAUUCAAGCAUGAGCCAGGUCAGAAGAGAGGAAAGUUUGAUGACAAGGUAUGGGUGGCGGAUGGCACGAAAGAGCACGUUAGUGAGCGGAAGUUUGUGGAUGAGGACGGGAAUGAGGAAUUGAUUGUACCCGGAGGAGCAGCAUCGACAGACACAGGAGCUGAAAAAAAUGGUGAUGCAGAGGUUGUGGAGUAG